AUGUGCAGUGAUCCUUACUGCACAAUUUGCUCAACAUGUCAGAGUUUGAAAUCUGCUAAGCAGGAUAAUCCCAAAGCUUCAAGGCUUUUUGAUCCUAAGAUCCAGAUUGCUUUCUACGGCGAUGCUAAAGGCUGGUUUAUAAGAUCUAUCUCUUUUCUAAAUCAAUAUAUUCCAGGAGUCAUGAAUCCUCAUACUAAAGCCAUACGACAGUGGAACAAAUUCUUUGUCAUAGCUUGUUUGAUGGCAAUUUUUCUAGACCCUUUGUUUUUCUUCGUGUUAUAUGCAGAACAGGAUAAUAAGUGUCUACGUAUCAAAUGGUACUUGACCUUCAUAAUGGUGUUUUUCAGAACAAUAACUGACUUUAUUCACUUUUUGAACAUGCUUCUUCAGUUUAGGUUGGCUUAUGUGGCUCCUGAGUCUAGAGUGGUUGGUGCAGGAGAGAUAGUGGACCAACCAAAGAGAAUUGCUCUCAAUUAUAUCCACGGAAAAUUUCUGGUUGACUUAUUUAUUGUUUUGCCACUUCCUCAAAUCAUAAUUUUUGUAGUUUUGCCACAAUACAUCCAAUCAUCUGGAGCAAAUGAUGCGAAGAAUCUUCUACGUAUGGCAGUGCUUUUUCAGUACAUUCCAAGGUUGUAUAGGUUUCUACCUCUGCUUGCUGGUCAAUCUCCAUAUGGCUUCGUAUUUGAGUCAGCAUGGACGAAUUUUAUAAUAAACCUUCUCACUUUCAUGUUGGCUGGCCACAUUGUCGGCUCCUGCUGGUACCUCUUUGGCUUACAGAGGGUUAAUCAAUGUCUUCGAAAUGCCUGCCAUGCCUCUGAAAUCCCCCAUGACUUGUGCAUGAGAUUCAUAGAUUGUGGGUUUGGUAGAAUUUUUACAUCCGAGCCAGCGUGGGAUAACUGGAAAAAUAAUGGGAGGGCUAAUGCUUGUUUUGAUGAAGACGGUUUCUCCUAUGGAAUCUACACUAAAGCUGUCAAGCUCACUACAGCAGAUACCGUGACUAGCUAUGUAUACUCAUUGUUUUGGGGAUUCCAGCAAAUCAGCACUCUGGCAGGAAAUCAAGUUCCAAGCUACUUUGUUUGGGAAGUCCUUUUUACCAUGGCAAUUAUCGGACUGGGCCUCUUGCUCUUUGCUCUUCUAAUUGGAAAUAUGCAGAAUUUUCUUCAAUCUCUUGGACGGAGGAGAUUUGAGAUGUUGUUGCGACGCCGUGAUGUUGAACGGUGGAUGAGCUAUCGCCACUUGCCAGAAGAACUGAGAAGACAAGUAAGGCAAGCAGAACGGUAUAAUUGGUCUGCAACUAGAGGUGUAAAUGAAGAAAUGCUUUUGGAGAAUUUGCCUGAAGACCUUCAAAGAGAUAUAAGGCGCCAUCUCUUCAAAUUUGUGAAAAAAGUUCGGAUUUUUGCCCUGCUAGAAGAUCCUGUCUUAGAUGCAAUUUGUGAGAAACUAAAACAAAAGACAUACAUCAAAGGAAGCAAAAUCUUUUAUCCUGGAGGCCUGGUCGAGAAGAUGGUUUUUAUUGUGCGCGGAAGAGUGGAGAGCAUUGGGGAGGAUGGGAUUGUUGUUUCCUUAUGUGAAGGGGAUGUCUGCGGUGAAGAACUUCUCACAUGGUGUCUAGAGCAUCCUUCAGUAAACAAUGUCAGGAUCCCUGGUCGGAAAUUGUUGAGCAACAGGAUGGUAAGGUGCUUGAGUAACGUAGAAGCAUUUUCACUCCGAGCUGCAGACCUGGAAGAAUUCACCAGUCGUUUUGCAAGAUUCUUACAGAAUGCACGAGUGCAAGGAGCCAUAAGGUAUGAAUCACCCUAUUGGAGAGGUCUUGCAGCAAAGCGAAUUCAAGUAGCAUGGAGAUACCGGAAGAAGCGUCUAAGUCGUGCAAGCUUCCCUCGCUCCUCUCGCCUGCAUUAAAGACUUCUUGGUCAAACACUUGAUGAAACGCACCGUUUCUCAUGUAAAGCAUUUUGAUUUUCUUAAGGAAGGGACGUAGACUAAUAAAAGUAGGAUCGUAGUAGCUGAUUGUGUCCAGUAUUUAAUUAUUAAUCUAUUUGCUGUCGUUAGUCUUAGUUCGAACAGUUCUGAAUAUACUUUCGUACACAUCCUAGAAGAGUUGAGAAUGUCAAAGUUUCUUCGACUCAAAUUUCGAAUUUUCCAAAGUGUCCAUUAUUUGCCGUAUUUACGAAUGGGACAACAUUUUCUUUGUACUUUGCGCACUUACCCCUUUAUUUAAC